CAGCUGACCCAGUUGUCUCCUCUUCUCCUGAAUGACCCCUAAGGAUGGACAAGGACAGGAAUGAGAUGACUAAGAGAAUAUUACACUUCACCUUGGAGAUCCUCCACCUGCUGACCGGAGAGGAUUACACCAUAGUGAAGAAGACAUGGGGGGAGUGUGUGGCCCCCAGCAGCCAUCUCCAUGAGUCAGGAGGACAGAACAGGGCCCGGGGCCCCAUCACGGAGCCUCCACCUCACUCACUGAUACAUGAGGAGAAGAUCCUAGAACUCACCCACAGGAUCACUGAGCUGCUGACUAGAGAGGUUCCUAUAAGGUGUCAGGAUGUGGCGGUCUAUUUCUCCAUGGAGGAGUGGGAGUAUGUAGAAGGACACAAGGAUCUGUACCAGGACAUAGUCAUGAUGGAGGAUCACCGGCCCCUCACAUCACAAGAUGGAGUCAUUGAUAGAAAUCCACCCGAGAGGUGUCCCCGCCCUCUGUAUUCCCAGGACUGUCCAGAGGGAAAUGUUCCAGAGAAGCAUCAGGGGGGAGAUCUGACUAAUAAUAAAGUGGAGGAUGAAGAAGAGAGGAUGAGGGGCCAUCACCCGUGUAUGAGGGAAGUGAAGGAGGAAAUUCCAGGAGGUGUUACCCCAGGAAAUCCCAGUGAGAUCCGCGAGGGAAACGUCAUGUUAUCUGUGAGUGAUAAAGAUGGAGAGAUCAUGGAGCGCUGCUCAGGAGAAGAUGGAGAGAUCAUGGAGCGCUGCUCAGGAGAAGAUGGAGAGAUCAUGGAGCGCUCCUCAGGAGAAGAUGGAGAAAUCAUGGAGCGCUCCUCAGGAGAAGAUGGAGAGAUCAUGGAGCGCUCCUCAGGAGAAGAUGGAGAGAUCAUGGAGCGCUCCUCAGGAGAAGAUGGAGAGAUCAUGGAGCGCUCCUCAGGAGAAGAUGGAGAGAUCAUGGAGCGCCCCUCAGGACAAGAUGGGCAGAUCAGGGAGCGCUCCUCAGCAGAAGAUGGAGAGAUCAUGGAGCGCUCCUCAGGAGAAGAUGGAGGGAUCAUGGAGCGCUCCUCAGGAGAAGACCUCCUUACCCCUAAUGUCCAUCCAGAUCUAUCAUAUAAUAAUCCCCCUGAUCAUCAGGAACCUUCUCCUCACCAAUCACACAUUGUUACCACAAGGACAGAGAAGAAAGGGAUCCAAUGUGAUGAAUGUGGGAAAUGGUUUACACAAAGAUCAGGUCUUUUUAUUCACAGGCGAACUCACACAGGAGAGAAGCCGUAUUCAUGUUCAGAAUGUGGGAAAUGUUUUACAUGUAAAUCAACUCUUGUUGUACAUCAGAGAAGUCACACAGGAGAGAAGCCAUAUUCAUGUUCAGAAUGUGGGAAAUGUUUUGCACAAAAUUCAGAUCUUGUUGUACAUAAGAGAAUUCACACAGGAGAGAAGCCAUAUUCAUGUUCACAAUGUGGGAAAUGUUUUACAGAUAAAUCAGGUCUUGUUAGACAUGAGAGAAGUCACACAGGAGUGAAGCCAUAUUCAUGUUCAGAAUGUGAGAAAUGUUUUGUACAAAAUUCGUCUCUUGUUCAACAUGAGAGAAGUCACACAGGAGAGACUGUAUGUUCAUGUUUAGAAUGUGGGAAAUGUUUUGCAUAUAAAUCUGCUUUUGAUAUACAUAAGAGAAUACACACAGGAGAGAAGCCAUAUUCAUGUUCAGAAUGUGGGAAAUGUUUUACAAGUAAAUCAACUCUUGUUGUUCAUCAGAGAAGUCACACAGGAGAGAGACCAUAUUCAUGUUCAGAAUGUGGGAAAUGUUUUGCACAAAAUUCAGAUCUUGUUAUACAUAAGAGAAUUCACACAGGAGAAAAGCCAUAUUCAUGCUCACAAUGUGGGAAAUGUUUUACAAAUAAAUCAGCUCUUGUUAUACAUGAGAGAAUUCACACAUCAGUGAAGCCAUAUUCCUGUUCAGAAUGUGGGAAAUGUUUUGCACAAAAUUCAGCUCUUGUUCAACAUGAGAAAAGUCACACAGGAGAGAAUGUAUAUUCAUGUUCAGAUUGUGGGAAAUUGUUUACAUGUAAAUUACAUUUUGUUAUACACAAGAAAAUUCACACAGGAGAGAAGCUAUAUUCUUGUUUAGAAUGUGGGAAAUGUUUUGCGUAUAAAUCUGCUCUUGAUGUACACAACAGAAUUCACACCGGAGAGAAGCCAUAUUCAUGUGUAGAAUGUGGGAAAUGUUUUACAAAUAAAUCAACUCUUGUUGUACAUAAGAGAAUUCACACCGGAGAGAAGCCAUAUUCAUGUUUAGAAUGUGGGAAAUGUUUUACAAAUAAAUCAGAUCUUGUUAAACAUAAGCGGAUUCACAUAAGAGGGAAACCAUAAUGUGAAAAAAAAAUAUAUAUACACACACACACACCUACCUAUGUAUACACCAUAUACACACACACAGAAGUUCUUACCUUCACAAUGGGACAAGCACCGGAUGGAAUUUGGGGCGGACUUAGACCUGAGGCCUUCAUUUUAUUAUCACCAUAAUGCUAUAUAUUACUGUCUGUAUACCCCUGUAUAUUGUCUGUAUACACCUGUACAUUACUGUCUGUAUAUACCUGUAUAUUGUCCGUAUAGACCUGUACAUUACUGUCUGUAUACCCCUGUACAUUGUCUGUAUAUACCUGUAUACUGUCUGUACAUCCUAAAAACUUCUCAC